AUGGCGGCGUACCUGAGCAUGGGUGAGGCGCACCGCCGCAUCGGCGACUACCUCUCUCGCGUGACCAACGCCAUCUCCUACUCCGACGGCGCCGCGCUCGCCUCCCUCCUCUCCGUCUCCUCCGCGCCGGCCUCCACCCCGCUCUCCGACGCGCUCGCCGCCUUCCCGGACUUCCCGCGCCUCGCUGGAGACCGCUUCCCCCACCUUGCCGACUUCCUCGUCCCGUUGCUCCGCGCCAUCCACUCCCACUCCAUCCAGCGCUUCGCCGACGCCUACUCCUCGUUCGAGAAGGCCUCCAACGCGUUCCUGCAGGAGUUUAGGAACUGGGAGACGCCGUGGGCGAUGGAGGCGAUGCACACGGUGGCGCUCGAGAUCAGGCUAAUCGCCGAGAAGGCAGAUAGGGAGCUUGCUACGAAUGGAAAGAACCCAGACAAGCUUCAGGCGGCUGGGUCAUUCCUGAUGAAGGUUUUCGGCACACUAGCGGUGAAAGGACCUAAGCGUAUUGGAGCACUCUAUGUUUCCUGCCAGCUAUUCAAAAUUUACUUCAGGCUUGGAACGGUAAACCUUUGCCGUAGCGUCAUAAGAAGUAUCGAAACUGCAAGGAAUUUUGAUUUUGAAGAUUUUCCAGUGAAAGACAAGGUCACUUAUAUGUACUACACUGGGCGGUUGGAGGUGUUUAACGAGAACUUUCUUGUUGCAGAUCAGAAGCUAACUUAUGCUUUGAUGCAUUGCAAUCCUCAAAGCCAGUCAAAUUUGAGGAGGAUUUUGAAGUUUCUUAUCCCUGUAAAGCUUUCUAUAGGUGUACUGCCAAAAAGGACUCUCCUGGAGCGGUACAAUUUGCUUGAGUAUGCAGAUGUUGUGACUGCACUAAAGAGAGGAGAUCUCAGGCUUCUCAGGCAAGCUCUAGACAAGCAUGAAGACCAAUUUUUGAAAUCUGGCGUCUACCUUGUAUUGGAGAAACUUGAACUUAAAGUCUAUCAGAGAUUAGUUAAGAAAAUCCAUAUCAUUCAGAGGCAGAAGGAACCAGCCAAGGCACAUCAAAUUAAGCUAGAUGUUGUCGUAAGAGCUCUGAAAUGGCUUGAAAUCGACAUGGAUGUGGAUGAGGUGGAGUGCAUCAUGGCAUGCCUCAUAUACAAGAAUCUUAUAAAAGGUUACUUUGCUCACAAGAGUAAGGUCCUUGUCCUCAGCAAACAAGACCCCUUCCCCAAGUUGAACGGGAAGCCUGUUUAA